CCCCCCGCGGAGGGUGACGGGCGCUUCCUCGCCCGGAGCCGCCGCCGCCGCCUCAGCCGCCGCCGCCCGCCCCGGCACCGCGGCGUCCCCCGCCCCUUCCCCUCCCGCCCGUUCUCCGCCGCCGGCCCCGUCGCGUCGCCCCGGCUCCUCUCUCUCGCUGUCAGCGGACGCCCCGGCCCGGCCAUGGCGGACUUUGACGAGAUCUACGAGGAGGAGGAGGACGAGGAGCGGGCGCUGGAGGAGCAGCUCCUCAAGUACUCCCCCGACCCGGUGGUGGUGCACGGCUCCGGCCAUGUCACCGUGUUUGGACUAAGCAACAAAUUUGAAGCAGAGUUUCCGUCUUCUUUAACUGGAAAGGUUGCACCCGAAGAAUUUAAAGCCAGCAUCAGUAGAGUUAACAGUUGUCUUAAGAAGAACCUUCCAGUUAAUGUACGAUGGCUACUAUGUGGAUGCCUUUGCUGCUGCUGCACUUUAGGUUGUAGUAUGUGGCCAGUUAUCUGCCUCAGUAAAAGAACACGAAGAUCGAUUGAGAAGUUAUUAGAAUGGGAAAACAAUAGGUUAUACCACAAGCUGUGCUUGCAUUGGCGACUAAGCAAAAGGAAAUGUGAAACGAAUAACAUGAUGGAAUAUGUCAUCCUUAUAGAAUUUUUACCAAAGACACCGAUUUUUCGACCAGAUUAACAUUUGAUUUAUUUAUAGAGACUUAUUCAAGUAUGUUGUCUUUCCAAUGGUGCCUUGCUUGGUGCUCUCCUGGUGGUGACAUAGUAUUGGUUCUACUGAAUCUUGUGGUGUUUUCAUUCUUUUUUGUUUGGUUGGGUUUUUUUGUUUUGUUUUGUUUUUUUUUCUGUGGUUUUUUUUUUUUUUUUUCUUUCUAAUAAGAGCAUGUUCUAAGUGCAUUUGGUCAAACUUUGCAAAGUAAUUUCACACAAAUGUUAACUGCUACUUAAGUUAUUGUUACUUUUACUACUUCUGUUUAUUAAUGUAUCUUGAUUUUCAAAGAGUCUUUUAUAUGUGUGCGGGCGUGUGUGUACAUACAUAUAUUACUAUAAAUACACAGCUGAAAAUGGUAUACAAGUGAGUAGGUAUUUUUUUAUCCCCAAAUGACACAACUGAUUGACUGUACAUUGUGUAAGUCAUUUUAAUCGUUCAUUUCCAUGCUGAAGUACCUUCUAAGAUCUUCCUAAACUUUUGUCAGUGACUAGUCAAUUGUAAAUAUUUUUAUUGGGGUACUGGCUAGCCUCUUCCAAUAAGAGAAGGAGUUAAAGUUCUUUCUGGAACCCAAAUGUCAUUGCAUUAGUAGAAAUCUUUGUGCUUUUCAUGAAGAAGUCCUGUCAGCUGGGUCUGAAAAGGUUAUAAUUUAAAGGUUAAAGGAAAAAAAAAAAGCAACAAACCAGAAUUAUUUUACUCAGACUAAAAGAAUUGCUGAGAGAAUUGCAUGCAUCUGGUUAGUAGAACUCAAGGUGACAAAAAUGUAUUAGUAUGGCAGUUUAUAAUGUAGCUGUUUUAAUUCAGGCUAAUGCCAUGUAUCAGCUUUAUUCUUACAGUUUGAAAUCCUGUACACAGGGGCGCAGAAGGACUUGUUUUACUAAAAUUUGUCACCCAAGAGGACCUUUCAGAGUGGUUUUUCUUUUUUUUGUUUUUUUAAAGCCACAUAAGCAGAAAAAAAGAAGUUAUUGAAGAAAUUUUGAACAGUACAGUUCCAGAUGCAAAUGCAGAUGCCGUGUAUUAAAAGUAAUCUAAUCAGGGUACACUGGGCAGCAGUGUAAGUUUAAAUGUUUUAGAUAAUUAUUUAUUGCACCCUUGCUUUUGCUCAUUUGGUUUACAAAGCUUAUUUUCUGCACAAGUAUAAGACUUUUUUUUAACUGGAUAUAUGAUGUAUGCAUGGGUCAGGCCAGUUGUGUUUCAUUUCUUUUACUUAUAUCUUAUUUGUACAUAUCUUCACACAUAGGUUGUUUUUUUUUGUUGUUUUUUUUGUUUUUGUUUUUGUUUUUUUUAAUUGCAACUCAAUCAUAUUUUAAAAUUUACUUUAGGUAUCUAAAAUUACUGUACAUGAACAUUAAUGUAAGCUAAGAAUAUGUUCCUUGUACAGUUGUGGUAGCAAGCAAUAAUGUGAAUAUAUGAAAAACCAGAUAUACUCUGCUUAAUAUUUGUAUGAAUGAAAAGUUGAUACCACUACAAGAAUAAUCUUCUCUUUUUAAUCUUUUAAAUACAAGUUUUAUUUCAAGGUAAUAUAUUACAGGUACCUUGAUGCCAUGAACUAUUUUUCUAUGUCUUCAAAAUAUUUAUUCUCUGUAAAAUAUUCUCUAGUGAGUAUUAUAUUCCUAAAUUGUUCAUAGUGGGAGUGGUCUAGAAAGUUUAAAGUUUUCUUAAAUUUAAGCCUUCUGUAUCUGUUCCCAGAACUCAUCCUUUGCUCAGCUUUUGUCUGUGGAUUCCUGCUGUUUACUUUGAAAAUAGCUCAGCUAUGCUUUUCAUACAAGCCUACAAGUGUGUUUCUUUACCUUGAUGGAAUAUGAUUUUUAAUUAACAAUACCAGUUUUAUGCUGCCUCAGUCUUCUGGGUCCCACAGUGGUUUCUCUCCAAAGUAAUUGGUGAUAAUUUCUUUAAAAUUAAUUUCAGCCACUUUAGUACAAAUCUGGGUCUAGCAGCACUCCUCCUCUCACCCAGAAGUAUUAGUUACAAUCUCAGACCAGUUUCAGCCUGUGAGGGAGGCCAGCAGCCUAGCACUGAUGGCAGAUGAGGUUGUGGAGGGUGGUGGUGCAGUGGAGAGGUUGGAAUUGAACAAGAAAUUAUAACUGGUGAUAAAUACUGAUGACCAGAAAUAUAUGUUGAUUUCUUCAAGUGUCAGUUUUCAAUAAAAUGAAUAUUGAAUCAUGCAAGGCUUAGAUCUUGUUAUCAAAAUUCUCAGUUGACUGUGUCUAGGUAGGUUUGUGUCGUGGAUGCACUGGUAGUUCAUUAGGGAGACGAUAGGUUGGAUGUGGCUUGUGAUGUGUUCAUAGCAGCACCACAUUCAGUGUGAGCUAUUUGCCGUAGUUUACUACCCAAACUGCUGCAUUUUGUGACACCACAACUACCUUGCCAGCAGCACCCAAACCUACCUACAGUAAAGCCAGUUUGAGCAUGAUGUGUGCUGAAACCAGAGGAGUGAAUAGUGUGGCUUACAGGUUUACAAAGAGUAUCUUGUUAGUAAAGCUUCCACAUAAGCAGUAGUGCUGGUUAGGGUCUUGUCUAAUUUUAGGUGCAUCUGCUGUCAGCUACUUGGUUAGCAGGCAUUUUGUAUUUCAAAUAUGACUUUCUCUCUUAAGAAUUCUAAUGUAGGCGUCCAGACUAGAGCUCUGCACAAAUAAAAAGCUAACUCUCCCAUUAAGGAGGCCAGACUAGUUGCCUCUUAAAGCAUUUCUGAUAUUUUAUUAAAACAAUGUCUCCGACUUAAAGUACAACCAGGAAACUUGAGAAACUGCAUAUCUAUAUAGAUAAGUUUUGCUGAAAAGUGUUACUCUCUUGAUGAGGUAGUACACUCUCCUAGUAGGAAUGCUUAUAAAAUAUUUUCAUACAAUCCCUUUCAAUUCAUUAAUUACAAUGAUAGAAAUGGAACAUGGCAGGAACUUUAAUCAACUGUUUAAUGUCUGCAGCAAUCAUCAGGAUUUUGCUUUGAUGUUUCUAAAAUACUAGAUCUAUUUAUUUUGUGUGCUAGUGAGAAGACGUAUAUUACCUUUUUCUGUACAACUGGCAAAGAGUGAAGCUGCAAUAGUUUAAGCAGGGUGGAAGCUAUAGUAGAACUUCCAGGACACAGAGUCUUUGCUAAAAUAAAUAUUGCUGAUAUUAGUACAAUAAAUUGUACCAACUUGUUUAGCUUCUUGCAACUCAGCAAUUCCUACAAAUAAUCUUAGCUAUUUCCAAUUUCCUUGAGUAGGAAAAGUUAGGUACCCACUUGAUAUUCAUCAUUUAACAAACGAUGCUGAUUAUGUCUAUUUCACCUUUAGCCUGAAAAGCUAAUGGUAACAGCAUCAAUGAAUCCCUGUGAAAGCAAAUUAUUAUUUUUAGAUAUAGUAGCCCUUAGCUGUCCAAUAAAAGUUUAUUUUUUACAGUAAUAUAAUAAAAAUAAUUUUUUAAUGUUUUAAAGAUAGGUAGAAAUAAGUCCUGAGUGAGAAAAGCUUUCUGUCUGACCCUGCGUGAAGAAUUCUGUAGAGCUCAUCUGUUGUUUAAUAGCUAUGAUUGGGAGUUUAUACUGGGAUUGGCAAACUUCACCAGAAAUUAAAAUGUUUGUGGAGAUAGGUUACAUGAAGUCAGUGAAGGUUUUUGUAAUAGCUUAGUAAGAGGCAUUUUAAUAAACUGCGUAUGCAAACCUCAAGUUUGCCAUGAUACUCAAACCCAAAUGGAGUAGAUUGUAAAAACUUUUUACAGUACUUAAGAGGUAAAUUAUAAUCUCUAAAUCAAUUUGUUAAAUGAUACCUUUUUGUAAAUCUCAAGACCAUGGUGUUUACAUGUAAUGCUCUCUGAGUAUAAGCAUAUCUCUGAGAUACACUUACUUAAAAGUCAGUUUUCAUUUUUUUUUUUCUUAGCCCUGAAGAUUCAGCAAGAGCUUUAAAAUGCAAUCUGUAACUGCUCAGAAGCCAGAAGACAAAGAAAAAGAACUUGUCUUUAUUGCCUUCCCUCCACCCCCCACCCCAAAGUCUUAAUUUUAAAUUGUUCCCCUUGUUUUGGGAGCCCUAGCUUAUGGUUUUUGAGCAGCUGGCAAUAAUGCAAAUUGCCCACCAAAAACCCCCAUUUGAAUUCUGAACAAUUUAAAGAGAUCACUUUAAUUGAAGAGGCAAAAGACUUGUUAAGCAAAGAAAAUCCCUCGUUCUUUUAAGUUCUCCCAGCACUGCUGUUGAGUAAUUAAAAGAAGGAACAUGAUGACCCUACAUUAGGUGAAAAUCCAGACGAUUUUAUGUAAAGGAAAUGCUCAAUUAGAGAGGUCUCAGAGCCCCAAAUGUCUUGGAUUCACAGUAGCAAAUUAUUAGGGGGAAGUGGCACUGGCUAGUUUUGUGUCGGUGACUAAAAUCAUUUAUGUUGCUCUUCAGCAACUUUGCUUAUGAAAAGAAAGCAUUUUUGAAAUAAGAUCUGUAUUAUUCAUCACUGCUAAUUUGCUGUAAUUUCUGUGCUGCUUCUCCGUAAAGCCACAUGGCAUUUCCAUCACAAACAGCUAAGUGUAUGAUCGUUAUAAUGCCUUUAAUAGCCAUAUUGUAGGUAGAAAUAUUAACUUCUCAGGGACUAAUAGGAAAUAUCAAAAUGGAGUUAAUGAGCUGAAUUGCUUAUCUGCAUGAAGGCUUACUUUGCAAACAACACCCUAGAAAACUUCUGAUUGUAAUAUGCAUGACCAUUAUGAAUGUUAUCAAUAUACAGCUAUAAGAACUCCCUUUACCCUGUAUUAUUAGUCUGCUGAAUGUCAAAGUAUGUCAGAUAAGGAUAAAUGAAGUUGUUUUGCUGAUUUGGCAAGAGUGAUUCUUUCUAAUGGUGCUACCUUCUUAAUUCCUGUGUUUAUUCUUUCUAAAGUUCUCUCUGUAGGCUGGGUGAAUCAGGGGCUACUGAUAUAAUGAAAAAAUAGUAUUGUUCUUAAGGAAGUGGAAAAAUUUCAAGGGGAGAAGUACUCUAGGAGGAACAAAUUUCACUGCUGAAAACAUCAUGCAUUUAUUCUUCAUUAGUUAGAUAUCCAUUUGGGUUGUUUUGUUGGUAACAGUAGGUUUCAGUUCAUUAAUUUUUGAACUUCAUCUUUUUGCACACUGAUGUUUCAGUCAGCAUGGAGUGAAUUAGAGACUGUUUUUGAAAAUUAAAGAAAAAUUAGUCCUUUCAUGACGAUUCAUAUGUUGACAUUUGUGCUGGUAUAUGUAUCUCCACCACAUGGCACCUGGGUAAUACAUCUUUCCUAAACUACAUGUUACUGUUUUCAUAGAUGUCCUUUUAAAAAAAUUCUUCCGCUUCAUUUAGCUCAUUAAUAUUUCAUUGAGAUUUAUUUUCUUGAAAAAGGUUUCAUAAAUGCUUGACCACUCAGAAUACAACAGACCAUGAGGAAAGAUUUAAUGAGGCAAAAGAUGAAACAUAGGAAUUAGGAGAAACAACAUCCAAAAGAUUUUUGGAAUUCUCGGAGUGUGAUGGAAAAUAGUUUUGAAGUAAAUGAAAUAGUAUUGAAUAAUGAAAGUUAAGGCUAGCAAUCCAUUUCAGUAGUUAUGUAGACUGUCUUAAUUGGUAUUAUUUUAUUUUAUUUUAACAAGUAUGUUGUUAAUUUAUUUUGGUUAUGCCCUAAUUCAUAGAUAAUUCUGCUAUUAGGCAGAUUUUGAGGUAAGCUUCCUUCUAAUCUCAGCAUCUCUUAGUUUAAAAUAUCCAGACCAAAACCGAAUCGCUGAUGAGAACUGCUCAGUGAGUACAGAACAGUCUUUUCCUAAGCUGGAGCCUGUAAUGCAUGGCUAAUUGUUUCCAAAGAAAAUUCUUGACUUGUCCAGACAGCUCCUGUCAUGUGACAGUAUAUCUGAGGCUCAGGAGUAGGAUCCAGUUAGGGUAACUUAAGUUCAGGUAAGUAAGAGAGACUUCUGUAUGUAGUUGUAGCUUUUAUGGAAAAGGGAACCAUUGACAAAUGCUCGCUUUUGGAGGGGAGGUAGUGGAUUUUAUGUUUAUUGGAACAAACUUCCUUCCCCCACCUUUUAUAACUCCUCAUUGAAAGUUGCUUUGCCUCAUGUUGAAAACUAGACUUGGUAGUUACCUGAAGAUUUUUUUCUGUUACAGUGUUUUAGGUUUGUGACUCCAUUUUUAAAAUAAUGUUUAAAAAUUUUUCAAAAAGUCAGAUAUCUUGAUACAAUAUAACUGAUAUUUUUAGUGGCUCUGUGUUUAAACUGAUUUAAUUGUACCAAUAUAAAUGUUUUGCUCAUCCACUCUAAAUGUUUAUUUCAGCCUGUUGCAAGCACAGAAGGAUCGAAAUGCUAGGAUGUGCAGUAUACUUACUUGUUAAUAUUGUCAAUUUGGUUCAGUGAGGUGAAAAGGAAUGCAGAGUAGUUCCUGAUUUGAAAAGUGUAAGUUGGAUUCUUGUUUAAGUAAAAGGCUGAGUACAGCAAUCAAAAUACAAAACUAAUUCCAAACAUAAAUUUUGAAGAGAACAGUAAGCUACAAAACAGUGCCUACAUGUUGUGUGCUAAAUUAGUCCUGUCUAAUUCAUGUUGCUUUAAAAGAAUUUGCAGAGAAUUGCAUUGGAUUGCAUGUGCUUAGGAAAAACCUGUUAAGCGUACAAAGCAGUAGUGGUAAAUAUGUCACUGAAAGGUUGUUAUCUUUCAAGAACUUAAACCCCAGUAUUUUAGACUAUGUUAAAAAUCCAUUUCAGGCAGAAAAUGCAUAAGCAAUAAUUUAACCUAGAACUGGAUAUUAAGGAAGCUGCUAUUUAUAGGGAGGCUUGAUGGUAAUUUUGCCUGUUGGGCAUCUCCUCUCAUAAAGAGUUUAGAAAGAUAGGGUUGCUGCGACUUCCACUAUUGUAACAUUCCUCUUCAAAUAUUUGAAGUCUGGGUGAGAGACUGAAAGAUUAGAGGCCAGUACUGUGUUCACAGGGCGCACGGCUUUGGGAGGAGAAGAUAGGAAGAAAAGGACUUUUUUAAGGGUGCACAAUUGUAUAUAUGCAUAUUUAAGAGUAUUUAACCAUGUCUGCUAAAUUACUGAAGUUAAUCUAUUGUUGAAUUAUAGGAUAUUAUUUAAUACAUCAGCAUUGUUUUUUCCUGACCUGACCCAGAAUUGAAAUGGACUCCAAUAUAAUUUUUUUUAAAACAUUUCUUAAGUUGUAUGUAUUAUAAACUAAUAAAAUAAUUGUUAACCUA